UGCGUCAGCUAUGAUUUGAAAACAUUUUCAAUUGGCGCCAUAUCAAUCAAACAUACGACUUGAAAACAUUCUCGAUUAGCUAUUGUAUCGACCAAACAAAUCAUUCGAGAACAUGGCGUCGAAUACGACCGCGGAAAGCAAACGGACAGCGAAUCCAAAUCCUUGUGCGAUUUAUGGCAGAGUACCAUCGAUCGGGAUGGAUCGGACGAAGAUUACAUUUUGCACGGACGUGGACAAAUCCGUGAUCGUACACAAUUUCGAGAAACGUGGCUGGACGCAAGUAGGUCCGGAGGACGAUUGGAACUUCUAUUGGGCCGCUACACAGUCCUGUAGAAAUAUCUUCAGCAUUGAAACCGGAUAUAGGAUGGACGACAAUCAAAUUAUCAAUCACUUUCCAAACCAUUAUGAGCUCACACGGAAAGAUCUGCUGGUGAAAAAUAUAAAACGAUAUCGGAAGGACUUGGAGCGCGAAGGAAAUCCUCUAGCAGAGCGCGCGGAUGGCCCAGGGAAAUAUUUGUACCUCGACUUCAUACCGGUUACCUUCGUUUUACCCGCAGAUUACAACAUGUUCGUGGAGGAGUAUCGCAAGUCUCCGCAGAGCACGUGGAUAAUGAAGCCGUGUGGAAAAUCACAGGGCGCCGGGAUAUUCCUCAUCAAUAAGCUGAGCAAACUGAAAAAGUGGUCGCGCGAAGCAAAGACCCCCUUCAAUCCGAACUUGACAAAGGAUUCGUACGUUAUAUCCAGAUACAUCGACAAUCCUCUGUUAAUCGGUAGUAAGAAGUUCGAUUUACGGUUAUACGUUCUCAUCACAUCUUUCCGGCCGCUCAAAGCGUAUCUCUUCAAGCUAGGAUUUUGUCGUUUCUGUACCGUCAAGUACGACACCAGCGUACAAGAGCUCGAUAAUAUGUAUGUGCAUCUCACGAACGUGUCUGUGCAAAAGCAUGGCGACGAAUAUAACAGCAAACACGGCGGCAAACUAAGCGUGCAGAACCUGCGUUUAUACCUGGAGAGCACGCGUGGCAAAGCGGUCACCGAGAAACUGUUCGCGAACAUUUCAUGGUGCAUAGUACACUCGCUGAAAGCGGUAGCGCCGGUGAUGGCAAAUGAUCGGCACUGUUUCGAGUGUUACGGAUACGAUAUUAUUAUCGACAACAAGUUGAAACCAUGGCUGAUAGAAGUGAACGCUUCACCAUCUCUGACGUCUACUACAGUGAACGAUAGGAUCUUAAAAUAUAAACUAAUCGACAAUAUUGUGUCGGUCGUUCUACCUCCAGACGGUAUGCCUGAUGUGAAGUGGAACAAAUCACCUUCCCCGGAAGCUCUGGGAAAUUUCGAGUUGCUUCUAGACGAAGAAUUGGCGGCACAGGAUGAGAGAGAGGGUUCAUCGUGCAAAUAUCGCGGUUCUUUCAACAAGUGGAAGUAAAUCCUUGUCUCUGCAUUAUUGUCUGAUAUGAUUUUCCAUCGAAUUGCUGCAAAAUUUUGCGAACUUUUGUAUAUAUUAUAUUAU